AUGAACCAGAACAAUCACCCCACAGACGAACCUGUGGAAGAAAUUGAAAACGAAGAAUCCUUGCAAUACAGUUUUGAGACUAUCAAACUUGCUACGGAUAAUUUUUCUGAAGGAAAUAAGAUUGGAGAGGGUGGAUUUGGUGCUGGUUACAAGGGUAGGCUCUCUAAUGGACAAGAUAUAGCAGUGAAAAGAUUGUCUAUGGGAUCAACCCAAGGUGAUCUCGAAUUUAUAAAUGAGGUAAUGUUAGUUGCAAAGCUUCAGCAUCGUAAUCUUGUUAGGCUCUUCGGUUUCAGCUUGGAAGGAAGUGAAAAGCUCCUUAUCUAUGAGUUUGUCCAAAACGCAAAUCCAAGAAAGCGUGCAAAUUUGGAUUGGGAUAGGCGUUACAAAAUAAUAGGAGGCAUGGCUCGAGGACUCCUUUACCUUCAUGAAGAUUCUCAUUUGAGAAUUAUCCACCGAGAUCUUAAAACAAGUAACAUCUUGUUAGAUGAAGAAAUGAAUCCUAAAAUUUCAGAUUUUGGAACAGCAAAGCUUUUUGUUAUUGAUCAAACUCAAGGCAAUACAAAUCGUGUAGUGGGAACAUAG